CUAAGCAUAAACAUUAAUAUCCAUUCUAUGGGUGGACUGCACUUUAUAUAACCACUCUCCUAUCGGUGAGUGCUUAGACUGUUGACAACUUUUUGCUCUUCUAAAAUGUCACUGCCACAUACAUCUGAGGUGAAUACAUUUCGUUCCUGGUCAGCGGUCUCGGUUCUCCCUCAGGUGACUGAGAGGCGUGGAGAGCGGCGGACGCUACUCUGUAAGCUGAGCGUGAAGGUGUUUGGCCACGAACUGAGCUUCGUCAACUGCGGGGCGAUGGGGAGUCACGUGAAGUGGCAGUCCCUGAACCUGGCCGAGCUGGCCGUCAAGCUCCUGAAGGGUCAGGAGGUGCAGGUGAACCGGAGGCUGAGCCUGGCCAUGGAGGAGCUCGCUUUCCCCACCAUGUCUGGCCUCCCAGCCCAGCUGACCCUAAACGCCGUGGCUGCCAUCAGCGUCUGUGUCCGAGGGGCCACCAACUUCCAGCAGCUCUCAGAUUUCUCUGUGAAUGGCUACGUCAAGCCCAGCACAAAUGGGCACAGCGGGUGCCCUGGGGCGGGCCGGGCUGAGGUGGGUGACCGACAUCUGCGCGCCGCCAGCCUGGACGGCAGGAGUCAGCCGAGGAAGGGCCGGGAGCUGAAGGUGCACCUGAACACACCCCAGAAGGCUGUAGAGCUGCUCAGCUUCAGGUGGCACUCACACCAGAGAGCAGAGGGGGUGACGUCGUGGGCACACGUGCAUGAGUGUAUGCGUGUCUCUCUAAGCUGUAUCUCAUCACUGGGGGUGACCCGAGGAGCCUCAGUCAGGACCACAGCCCCUCUAAGGCCCACUCGUACCGACAAGGAAGUGUCCCGCACCUGGGGCUGGCAGCUGUGCACUGAGGUGACCUGGCCAGCCCUAUCUGCUGUCAGUGCCCGUGUCCAUGGCUGUGACACUGAAGAAGCAGGAUCCAGGCCUCCAGCAGUAUCUGCUGGAAGCUGCCUACAACCUCUACCCCCAGAAGGACAGCUGGCUCCCUCAAGAAGCCGCAGCCCACGUCUUCAUGGGCACGCCGAAGCUGGAAGUGCCAAGGGAUGUCGGGGUGGACAUCAGCUACAGCUUGUCCCAGAGGAAGUUCUGGUUCAAGCUUCUCCAUCCAGGAAGAAAAUUGAGCUGGACGGAAAGAUCGAAGCUCUCCGGAGUGCCCACAUGGGCCACCUGGAACUGAUUCUGGAUGACAGGGAUGUCUACUACAUCAAGCGACAGGGUUUAGAACUGUCGUCCAGUUCUCACCUGGGUCUGUGACUCCCAAAGUGUAAAACACGGCAGCAUUAGACCUCGCACCA